UCGCGCAGCUGCGCCUGAGCUGUUAGAGGAAGAUGGCGGCGGCGGGCAGCAGACGAGCUCCGUUUCUCCUGCUGUUCAUCACGUCCCAGUGCUUCUGCGUGUUUGUGGCGCACGGGUUAAAACCGGUGGCGAAUGGUAACCUUCAUCCUCCUCCUCCUCCGGUGGUGGUGGUGCCCGUGAACCGGCAGAUGAAGCUCGGAGGUGCUGCGGCGGCGGCGGUCUCCCAGGCGAGGAGGGCGAUCAGCUGGAAGCUGGCAGAAGAGGAGGCCUGCAGAGACGACGUGAGCCGCCUGUGUCCUAAACACACCUGGAGCAACAACCUGGCUGUGCUGGAGUGCUUACAGGACAGGAAUGAGGAAACGGAGAUCGCGUCCGACUGCAACCACUUGCUGUGGAACUAUAAACUGAACCUGACCACCGAUCCCAAGUUCGAGUCGGUAGCAGCUGAAGUGUGUAAAAGUACAAUAUCUGAGAUUAAAGAAUGUGCAGUUGAAGAGAGAGGUAAAGGUUAUAUAGUGUCCUGCCUGGUGGAUCACCGUAGCAACAUCACGGAGUACCAGUGCAAUCAGUACAUCACCAAGAUGACCAGCAUCAUCUUCAGUGACUAUCGGCUCAUAUGCGGAUUCAUGGACAAGUGUCGAGACGAUAUCAACACGCUGCACUGUGGAAGCAUCACCACUGGGGAGAAAGACUUGCACUCUCAAGGUGAAGUCAUCGCAUGUCUGGAAAAAGCUUUGGUUCGAGAAGCAGAGCUGCAAGACAAAGUUCACCAAAUCCGAGACGACUGCAAGAAGGCCAUCAUGCGAGUGGCCGAGCUCUCGUCUGACGACUUCCACUUGGACCGAUACCUCUACUUUUCCUGUCGGGAUGAUCGAGAGCGAUUCUGUGAAAAUACCCAGGUUGGAGAAGGCAGGGUUUACAAAUGUCUCUUUAACCACAAAUUUGAGGAGUCCAUGUCUGAAAAGUGCAGAAACGCCCUGACCACUAGGCAGAAGCUGAUCGCUCAGGACUAUAAGGUCAGUUACUCUCUGGCGAAAUCGUGCAAGGCCGAUCUCCGCAAAUAUCGCUGCAGCCUGGACGCCAACAUGCCCCGCGCCCGAGAGGCCAGACUGUCCUACUUGCUCCUUUGCCUGGAGUCUGCAGUGCACAGAGGACGCACAGUGAGUGGAGACUGUCAGGGCGAGAUGCUGGACUACAGGCACAUGCUGAUGGAGGAUUUCUCCCUGAGCCCAGAGAUUGUGCUGCACUGCCGGGGUGAGAUCGAGGCUCACUGCUCCGGCCUGCACCGCAAAGGAAGAACCCUGCACUGUCUCAUGAGGGUGGGCCGAGGAGACAAGGGGCCGAUGGACAGCCACUGCCAGAGCGCACUCCAGGCACUCAUCCAGUCUGCUGACCCUGGUGCUGAUUACCGCAUUGACAGGGCUCUCAAUGAAGCGUGCGAGUCUGUAAUACAGACAGCUUGCAAACACAUUCGCAGCGGAGAUCCUAUGAUCCUCUCAUGUCUAAUGGAGCAUCUCUACACAGAGAAGAUGGUAGAUGACUGUGAGCACAGGCUGCUGGAGCUGCAAUACUUUAUCUCUAGAGACUGGAAGCUCGACCCUGUUUUGUACCGGAAGUGCCAGAACGACGCGUCCCGGCUCUGUCACACACACGGCUGGAACGAGACGAGCGAGAUGAUGCCCCCAGGCGCCGUGUUUUCCUGCCUCUAUCGUCACGCUUACCGUACAGAAGAACAAGGCAGACGGCUCACUAGGGAGUGUAAAGUGGAAGUCCAGAGGAUCUUGCAUCAGAGGGCUUUGGAUGUGAAGCUGGACCCAGAACUCCAGAAACGCUGCAUGACGGACCUGGGAAAGUGGUGCAGCGAGAAGACGGAUACAGGACAGGAACUGGAGUGUCUACAAGAACAUCUGGAUGAUCUGAUGGGAGACUGCAGGGACGUGGUGGGAAACCUGACCGAGCUCGAGUCUGAGGACAUCCAGAUCGAAGCUCUGUUGAUCCGAGCGUGCGAACCCGUCAUCCAGACCCACUGCCACGACGUGGCUGAUAAUCAGCUAGACACGGGGGAUCUGAUGGAGUGCCUGGUGCAGAACAAACAUCAGAAGGAGAUGAACGAUAAGUGCGCCGUCGGAGUGACGCACUUCCAGCUGCUUCAGAUGAAGGACUUUCGCUUCUCCUAUAAGUUCAAGAUGGCCUGCAAAGAGGACGUCCUCAAACUGUGUCCGAACAUUAAAAAGAAAGGUGAUGUAGUGAUCUGUUUGAGCACCACAGUGAGGAAUGACACUCUACAGGACGUGAAGGAGCAGCGUGUGUCCCUAAAGUGUCGCAAACAGCUGAGAGUGGAAGAGCUGGAAAUGUCUGAGGACGUUCGUCUGGAGCCCGAGCUGCACAGCGCAUGUAAGAAGGAUAUCGAGAGGUUUUGCUCUUCUGUUUCAUUCGGCAACGCUCAGGUCACUGAGUGUUUAAAGGAUAAUAAACAGCUGCUGUCUCACACAUGCCAUCAGAAAGUGUUUAAGCUCCAGGAGAUGGAGAUGAUGGACCCUGAGCUGGACUACCAGCUGAUGAGAGUGUGCAAGCAGAUGAUUAAGCGUUUUUGUACCGAGUCCGACGCCAAGAACAUGCUGCAGUGUCUGAAACAGAACAAGAACAGUGAGCUGAUGGACCCCAAAUGUAAGCAGAUGAUCACCAAGAGGCAGAUCACUCAGAGCACAGACUACAGGCUUAAUCCCGUGCUGCGGAAGGCCUGUAAAGCUGAUAUUCCCAAAUUUUGUCAGAGCAUCCUGAACAAGGCCACGGAUGACAGCGAACUGGAGGGUCAGGUCAUUUCCUGUCUCAAGCUCAAGUAUGCUGACCAGCGUCUGUCUUCAGACUGUGAGGAUCAGAUCAGUGUGAUCCUUCAGGAGUCAGCGCUUGAUUACAGACUGGAUCCUCAGCUUCAGCUUCACUGCAGAAAGGAGAUCACGGACUUGUGUGCAGAAGAAGCCGCUGCACAAGAACAAACAGGCCAAGUGGAGGAAUGUCUGAAGACCAACCUGCUGAAGCUCAAACAUGACGUUUGCAGAAAGGAGGUCUUAAACAUGCUCAAAGAGAGCAAAGCAGACAUUUUCGUGGAUCCAGUCUUACACACGGCCUGUGCCUUGGACCUGAAGCACCAGUGCGCUGCGAUCCCCCCGGGUCGAGGCCGGCAGAUGUCUUGUUUGAUGGAGGCUCUCCAGGACAAGCGGGUCAGACUGCAACCCGAGUGUAAGAAGAGACUGCAGGACCGGAUAGAUAUGUGGAGCUACGCAGCCAAGGUGGCCCCAGCUGAAGGUUUUUCAGAUCUGGCUUUCCAAGUGAUUUCGUCACCUUCCAAGAAUUAUAUCCUGCUGGUGAUCGCUCUGGCCGUGUGCGUCCUCUUCCUGGUGGGACUGCUGUGUGGACGAAUCACUAAACACGUGACCAGGGAACUGAAGGAUAGGUAGAGCCUGGAUCCUGAGCUGGAUCCUCAGUCUGGUUCUAGAAAGAAAAAAUGAUUAAAAAAAAAAGAAGAAGAAGAAGAAGGGUAAAAGAGGCCUAGACGUGUUUUGACCACUUAUCCACUGUUCUAAUCCUGACCCGAGUGUCCUGCUUUACCAUCCUUGAUUUGGGACGCUGUAAGUAACCUGGUGUUUGUUGGGUCAGAACCAUGUCCCAGGCUCAUUCUGCUCUGUGCUGCCCCCUGCUGUGAAAGUCCCAGAAUACACAUAUGAAAAGUCUGCAGACUCGAGCAUUCUGGGACACUAAUCUAUCUCUGCUGUCUAUUUUUUCCUUUUUUUUUUUUUUUCCUCUCCUAAUUUUGAUCGAUUGUUUUAUCGAAAGCUUGAUCGACUUACUGUGCAAACAACACGCCGCGACGGCGACACGUUUCGCAAACUAUUCACUUUUAUCUCCGUUGCAUAACGAUACGUUUUUCUAGGUUUUAGUUGGUUUGGUUUUACACUCAGACACACAGCCAUACAGCUUCAUUUAAAAAACAAUAGUAUUUAAAUGUCACCGGAUCCGAGGAUUUGGGUGAACAUGCCGAUCGAAGAUAUUUGAAAGGAUUGAAUAACCUAUGGAGAAACUUUAUAACUUAUAACAUUGGUCCUUUUUUUUCUCUCUCUGUUAAGGCCUUGAUUGAAUUUUUUCAUUUGACCGAAUUGUGCCCGGAUUUCCUGCAGUCCGUCCUAAACGAGGCUAAAUGAGUUAAACAGUGAGCAUGUUUUUUUUUUUCCCCUCUUAUUCACACGAUACAGCACAGAGUUUAUAAAAAUGUGCUUCAUUUCUCUGCAUAAUUCAUAAAAAAUGUCCUUUCAUGGUUUUUUUUUUUGAGAAUCCUGAGAACUGCUGUCUAUAUUUAAGACCCCUGUGUGGACAAAUCCUUACAGAUUCAGACGAAUGUCAUCAUUAAGGUUAUAGAUGAUGAACAUUUCUCACAGUGUUUUACGUAUUAUAGAAACUCUGACGGAAAAGUUCAGAUUUGUCUUUGUUUAACGUCCACGCUUUCUCUCUUGAAUAUCUGUGAACAAAAAAAAAAGGUUGUGUUUUUUUUUUUUUUCUUUUUCUUAUUUUCUGAUAACCAGUAAAGAGGUAAAAAUUUGUCAGCUUUUACGUGUUUUUUAGAGUUUGCUGUAAUGAGUUUGCGUGAGCUCCAUAGAUUUGUGUAAAAGCUGACGUUUUUGUUUUUCUCAUCAAAUCCAUCAGACCGAGUGUCGUCUGCUCCGUCUGAAGGGAUAAGACUCGAGGAAACUGACCUUUUGUACAAAAGACUCAACAUGAUUUACUGCUUUCACAUUUAAACUCAGUUUUCCAGUUUUAUAACUUAAUACAAGUUACAAGCUUUUCACCGCGGUCUCAGACGUUCUGUCAGAUAAACAUCCCACUAAAUUUUGUGACAUCAUUAAAAAAAAAGCUCCAGUUAUCAUUCACUCUGCCUGUCGGGGUCGCUGUAGGGGUCCGGAGCCGAUCCCAGGCACCCUGUGAGUGAGGUGUGAAUACACUCCGACACACACACACACACACCACACACACACACGUUUCUUUGAACUACAAGAGAAAAACCAUGAAAACGUUAAGCAUGCAGCGAUAUAAUGCUACAACACCACUGAUAACUGUGACUGCGAGGGUUAAAUGCGACGCUGCUGGUUUGCAAUCACUUGGUUAACCUUAAUUAGUGAAUUUGUAAAUGGUUUGCACAGAAAGGAAGAACACCGGAGACACGGAGACGCUUGUGCAACGGAUAUUUAAUACCGAGCACCGCAUCCCUUCCUCGAUAAGUCUACAGAAAUCUGCUGAUUUGUAUAAAGCUAACGACGUGAUGAUGAAUAGCAGGAUCUCUGUUAACUCUAUAAAGUAUUUUAAGACACAACACACAUUUAUCUCCUUUUUUUUCCUGGGUUGCUGACACACAGUUUAUUCCUUUUCAUUUCACUUUCUCAUUUAUAUCCUGAUGGAGGUUUAUCGUUGGAUUGGAAAUAACAUUAUGGAAAUAAAUACACGAGGGUUAUUAAUGAGGAGGUUUUUUUUUAAAGCGUUUUCCCUGGGAUUUGGACAACAUUGGUGGUAUUCUGUAAAUAAUAGAGCUAGAUGGUCCCAUUUUGUUGACUUAGUUCGGGUUACGAAGUCUUCUGACUGUACAGGCCUAUAUUUUGUAGAUAAAGGUCAUUGCUAAAUUGUAAAUGUAGGUCAUGAUUGUACGAUAAUGAGGUUUUUUUUUUCUUCUUCUUCUUUCCCAAAACAUUAUCGACAGAACAAACUUUUGGGGAAAAAAAAAAAUCCCAAAGCCGAUUCUCUUAUUUUGUCUUUUACUUGUUUGUAUGUUUUCCUCAAGGUUGUGUAGAUGGACUUGUGACACAGACUUGUGCACUUUUUUUUUCAUGUGUUUAUCUGAAGUGCAAUGAGAGACAGAUUGGAAGCUCUUUUUUCUUUUGUAAUGGACAAAAAUCAUAAGAAAGAAUGUAACCUUAGUAAUAAAAAAUGAAGAAAGGAAAA